CUCCAUUAAAUUCAUCUAAUCUGCGUCGCACUCUUUCCGCUAGGAAUGGCUAAGGGGGGUAAAAAUCCCAAGGGGAAAAAGGUCACCUUGAAAGUUGCUAAGAACUGCAUCAAAAUCACAUUUGACGGGAAACGCCGCCUUGAUCUGAGCAAGAUGGGCAUCACCACUUUCCCCAGGUGCAUCUUGAAGUUGAAUGAUGUGGACGAACUGGACCUCAGCAGAAACAUGCUCAAGAAAAUCCCAGACUCAAUUGAGAAGUUCACGAACCUGCGCUGGCUGGACUUGCACAGCAACCAGAUCGAGAAGCUGCCAGAAACAAUAGGGAACCUACAGAGUCUCAUUUUCCUGAACCUUUGCAACAACAAGCUAACGGCCCGGAGCUUGCCCAUGGAGCUAAACCAGCUCAAGAUCUUGCGUAAUCUCAACCUUGGCCUAAACCACAUCGACAACCUCCCAACCACUCUGGGGCAACUGAAGGAGCUCCAGGAAGUUGGAGUAUUUGACAAUUUACUGAAGAGCAUCCCAAACAGCAUUGCAAAGCUCCCUAAACUCAAGAAGUUGAAUUCCAAGCGCAAUCCCUUUCCUGGGCCCACAGAAGAGGAGCUCUACAUUGACCACAUUAAGCGCCUCGAGACACUCUACGUGGUGGAAGAAAAAGAUCUUUGCUACCCAUGCUUGAGGAAGUGCCAAGAAGAGAGGGACAAGCUGAACAAACUGAAGGUCACUCCACCUACCCCUCUCAGAAAGCCAAACUUUUCGAGCCUCAUGACGCCCAAUUCUACGGCAAAGGAGAACCAGGCAGAUUGGAGGUGAAUGGGCUACAACCAUCACCAAUGGAUGCAUGGCCAACAGCGAGGUAGAGGCGAGGCACAGGGUGGCACCUUUGCAUCCAAUCGUUGUAAUCUGUCCCCAAGCAAUAAAAGUGCUCUCUUGAUCACAUA